AUGACCUCAUCCACCAAGGUGUACUACAGCCAGACCACCCAAACCGACAGCCACCCCCUGAUUGGCCCAGUGCUGCGGAAGAGGCGGGUCAUGACCAAGGACGGGCGAAGUAACGUGCGCAUGGAGCACAUCGCGGACAAGCGCUUCCUGUACCUGAAGGACCUCUGGACGACCUUCAUCGACAUGCAGUGGCGCUACAAGCUGAUCCUCUUCUCGGCCUCCUUUGCCGGCACCUGGUUCCUCUUCGGGGUCGUCUGGUACCUGGUGGCCCUGCUGCACGGGGACCUGCUGGAGUUCGGCCCUCCAGCCAACCACACGCCGUGCGUCAUGCAGGUCCACACGCUGACCGGGGCCUUCCUUUUCUCCCUGGAGUCCCAGACCACCAUCGGCUACGGCUUCCGCUACAUCAGCGAGGAGUGCCCACUGGCCAUCGUCCUGCUCAUCAGCCAGCUGGUCCUCACCACCAUCAUGGAGAUCUUCAUCACCGGCACCUUCCUGGCCAAGAUCGCUCGGCCCAAAAAGAGGGCCGAGACCAUCAAGUUCAGCCAGAACGCCGUGGUGGCUCAGCACGACGGCAAAACCUGCCUGAUGAUCCGGGUGGCUAACAUGCGGAAGAGCCUCUUGAUCGGGUGCCAGGUGACGGGGAAACUCCUUCAGACCUACCUCACCAAGGAAGGUGAGAACGUCCGGCUAAACCAAGUCAACGUGAACUUCCAAAUAGACACGUCUUCCGACAGCCCCUUCCUCAUCUUGCCCCUCACCUUCUACCACGUGGUGAACGAGCGCAGCCCCUUCCGAGACCUGGCCCUGCGCACGGGGGAGGGCGACUUCGAGUUGGUGGUGAUCCUCAGUGGCACCGUGGAGUCCACCAGCGCCACCUGCCAGGUCCGCACCUCUUACCUCCCGGAGGAGAUCCUGUGGGGCUACGAGUUUACCCCGGUCAUCUCUCUCUCGGCCAGCGGGAAGUACGUGGCCGACUUCAGCCUGUUCGAGCAAGUGAUCAAGGUGGCCCCUCCGUGCUGCCUCCACGAAACCGCGCGGUUUGGCGACCCUGAGAAGCUGAAGCUGGAGGAAUCGUUCCGGGAGAGAGCCGAGCGGGAAAGCACCCCGCUGAGUGUGCGGAUCAGCAACGUCUGA